CGGAGCAUCGCUUUGAAAACCACCAGUGUGCUUGUCGGUGUUGGAAUCUUGGCAUUUUGCUAUUUCAAUUCUGCUGCUAGGAAGGUAUUGAUUAUCAACGUUGGUGUGCUAAAUUCUAUCUCAGAAGAAAUACUUGUAGUUCCUAGUUAUACAGGAAUGUCAUGUUAUUCUAAUAGUUAAUUGAAGGAUUUUUAAUUAUAUGUUUUGUUCAGUUGUUAUCGGUUUUUUAUUCUUUUGUUAUGAGUUUUGAAAGUGAAAUACCAGAAGACAUGGAUGCGUGUUUCUCUGCUUUUGAUAAGGAUGGAGAUGGAUAUCUCAAUAAAGGAGAGUUCGAAUGCAUAUGUCGCGCUCUGUUCAGAAGUGAUCGUGGGAAAAUCUAUAGCCUGGAGAAGGAUCAGCUGGAUGAAGUUUUCAACAUUUUUGACGCCAACAAGGAUGAUCUUUUAGAUAGAGAAGAGUUUGUAUUUUGCUGGAAUCACUGGAUUAAAACGAUUGUGAGACCAGUUAGUGUUUUCUUGGUUGUUGAUGUUCAAAACGACUUCAUAUCAGGGACGUUGAAUAUAAGUAGGUGCUCAGCUCAACAAAAUCCUCUUGAGGUGAUUGAACCAAUCAAUAAACUAUUGGAUACAGUUAACUUUGAUACAGUCUUCUACUCGCUUGACUGGCACCCCACCGAUCAUGUAUCUUUCAUUGAUAACAUAUCGCAACGGAAAGUUCACUCUUCUAGCGCGGUUUCAGCUGAGGAUGCACAAACGUACGACACAGUGAUCUUUGAAGGUCCACCGUUGAUGAAUCAGAGGCUGUGGCCACGCCACUGUGUGCAGGACUCUUGGGGGGCAGAACUUCACAAAGAUCUCAAGAUAGUGGACAACUCCGUCAAAGUAUGCAAAGGUACAAAUCCCGAGGUUGACUCAUAUUCAGUAUUUUGGGAUAAUAAGAAAAUAACAAAAACGAACCUAGUAGACCAAUUGGAAGAAAGGGGCAUUACUGACAUCUAUGUCUGCGGCUUAGCCUACGAUGUGUGUGUUGGUGCUACAGCUCUUGAUGCGCUCAACAUUGGCUACAGAACAGUACUAGUUGAAGAUUGCUGCCGAGGAGUUGAUCUACUCGACAUUGAGAAAACUAAGAAUGCACUUACCGAAAAACAUUGUGUGAUUGUCAACUCAAAUCAGGUGAAAGCGAUGGUGGAGGGCAGAGACCGACGUCCCGAGCUCGGCUAUAAACUGGCGAUCGAGCUGAGAGACAAAGUGCCAGGCUGUGAAAAUGGCGGCAAUUUCAAAUCGGGAGACGAGCCAGACGAGACUGGCUGACCACAAGACCAGUUCGCUUUUUCUCUUACUCAUGAAGAGGACGAGCAACAAGACAAUAAUUAAUCGUAGCACCUCGCUCAAUCACUCCAAGCUUAUUUCGUAUUAUCAGCAUUCCUCACUUAGCAAAAGCUAAUCUAGCAACGAUGCUAAACUCCAUUGAAGACCAUUCAGUCAUUAGUAUUCAAGCUUUCGUUUCUUAGAUGAGGACUGGUUCUACUGGUUCAAUCGUUGAUAGUUCAUAGAGAUUAGUGUUGUCAUCAUGUACCUAUUAUUAUUUAACAUGUUGGAAUGUAUUAUCAAUCAUUCAAUGGCCUACCCUAGUCUAAGGCUACUUACUCGCUUUUAUGUUUAUGAAUAUUUUUCAUAACUAUCCCUAUUAUACUAUAUUGUAUAAUUACUGGUUUUAGUACAGGAAAAUUAGGGAUAUGUUGUUUGACACGUCAACAUCACAUCCAAAUUGAUCAACUUGACAUUUUGUAUUAACAUUCUGAAUUUACCAUUGAUGGUUAUAGGAUUACUUUAUUUUUUAUCAAUCAAUCAGUUCUAGUUUUAAUCAUUGAACUAAUUUAUUUAUUUUACCAAACAUAGUCGACGCAUGAGAAAAGUCCUAUCAAAUGGUCAAUUCACCCUGUGCAUUCAUCGUGUUGGAUCUGAAGGUCUCCGGUUCGACCUCACAGAGUCAAUAUUUUUUUGCUACGAUUCAACUUCAAGGAAGAUAAUGUAAUUUUGUCAUUAUUACCUGUUGCUGAUCACGUGCUCGUAUUGUUGAUGAAUCAACCUUUUUUCCUAUCUAUAUUAGUUCAAUUACAUUCCCUUUAAUUGAAUAGGUUACACAAGGAAGUCUAACUCCAGCUUCUGACUUAUGUUGGUUGGUUGAUUGAAGAGUUAUUUUGCAGUUAAGAACUCAAAUUUUAUAACUAGAUAGGUUUAAUUGAAUCUCAUUUAAAUUAAUAGGAUAUAAUAUAUUUUUAAUAGCCUAGUUAAACUACGGCUACCAACUCAUUUUAUGUUUAAUAGUUGAAUACACCUCUCAUAUCAACUAAUAUUUUUGUUAAGCAUUUUUACAAUACUAUUGCAAGUAGUAACUAAUAUUUGUCUUUAUAAAAUUUUGUUUACCACUAUUGUAACUGUUAACGGUUGUUGAGAAUUUUCAUACUGCACUUCACAUCAAAUGUGUGCUAAAUCGACAGUCAUUAAUUUUAUACUAGGAAUCGGAGUUCUAAACUCUAGGAGUAUAAUAUGUGUUAUGUGGCAUAUGAAAUAUGUGUAUAAAUAAAGACGGCUAGUUAUUUACUAUCCUAUUAUUUAUGGCAGUGUAAUUCGAAGCACUCUCAAAAAAGUACAGUAUGUCCGCAUAACAUGACCACAACGAUAAGGAAUAACCGUCCAAUAAAGUGCAACCAAAUUCAGUUCACCAUCUAAGAAAAAGUAUAAAUCUGUAUUUGUUUUCCCCUUACUUAUAAUUACAUUUGGUACUUAAUUUCAAACUUGUGAUUUGUCUUUCUGAAAGUUACUUAUGAAAUUAUUCAUGGCAUUUCAGUACUUAUUAUAUUACAGUUCCUCAUGAAUUUAUAUCUUAAGUGAGAAAUCUAUCACUUUUAUCACACUAGUGCAUUUUUCAAGUUCAAACAUUCGUGUAAUGAAUAACUGUUUAUUCGGUGCUAGUAAAAUGAGGUGCCUUGACAACUUAUAUAAUUGAAUUGUUUGCUGUAUGAUUGUGCAUUGAAUGGUUGAAAUAUGAUCUAUAGAUUUACAUAAAAUACAUACGUAUGAAUUAAACACCAAUUUUAAGAUUAUACAUUCAUUCAUCUAUUGACAUUACAGGAAGAUUAAAUAGAAAGUCCCGUUCAAACCGAACAUUUUUGCAUCAUCUCAUUACCCAUACACUCAAAUUCAUUUAGGAAUCAUCAGUAAAGGAUUUAAAAUCGUAAUCGAUUUUUUUCAGAAAAAAAUUACUUUUCAAUCCUCUAUUUUUAUAGCUUUUUAAUCUAAUUUGAUAUUAUAGAUUAUUAGGAAUCACGUUUUCUAAUUAAAAAAAAACAUUGUUAAGUAUUUUACAAAGAUUUUUCAUGUUUGGUUGAAUUUAUCGUAGUUAAUAAAUCAUAAAAAUAAGCAGAAUCAACUGCUUUAGAAUAGACACAAUCAUUAAUUUGAAUAAGUUUAACUAGUGUAAGACCUAUCAAUCUUUAUUUAAAACUCCUGUUUUUGAUACUUCUAGUUCUAUUUCUAUUCAUUUUAUAAUUUCGUAACAAAUGAAAGUAUUGGUUUUUGCAAAUGCUAUGAAUUACUCAACUUUUUUAAAUUAAUUUUAGCGAAUGCAAAGUCUGUGAAACUCGAAGGAGUGAGAGAAUCUCGUUUGUAACGUGUAACACCAAACUUUAUACAUUUAUAGAUAAUAAUUUAUGCCUUUAGAAUAAAUUAUAUUUAGGAUCUAGAU